AUCACUCAGUCAGUCACUCACUCACUCCCUUUAAGACGUUGCUUCAAGGGAUAGAGCAGCAAGACGACUUCUUCUCCCUGUGGACAUCUGAUAUAAGUUCGACUUCCAACACACAGUAUUGUGUGCACUCAAAUCUCACAUGAGAACCCCCGAAACCCCGGUGAUUUAAGUCCGCAAAACUCCUACUAUGUAGGUAGUCAGUAGGAGGGGAUGAAAGCAGUUUCAUACGUGAGACGAAUGACGCAUUCGACAUAGCUUCUCCUCGUGGCUCGUAGCUGUUUUCCCAGCUUCUUUUUAAGCUUCUGUAGCUAUGCGAAACCCGACCGCUUGCAAAUCGCGAGCUCCCACACCCAAAUCACCUCAUUUUUCAUGCAACAAAAGCAUCAACCACAAGCUGAACAUUGCCUUCUAGAAGGGAGGGAGGGGCGGAACGGCCUCGGGUUCUCCCCGUAACCCGUAACCCGCAACCCGCGCGGCCCAAGCUUUUGCGUCCCUCUCUCCCUCUCUCCCUUUCGCAUCGAACAUCGAAUGGGGUUCCCAACUUCGCGCUCCCCCACCCGUCUGGAGUUUGCUCCGGCCGGUCCGGGGAACUGGGGUAUCUAUUGGGCCGUCGUGGCCGUACGCUGUACGGGCGGGGGUUGAGGGUUUCACUUCGCCACCAGUGUCCGAUCUCGUUGACGUCAGCUGACGAGUAGAUGAGCGCAGAACGGCUUGUUGGCACAAAGCUCCCGCGUUUUGUUUGUACUGUACUGUCUGUAGUAGGCAGCCGGUCCACGUACUAUCCUGUGCCCAAAGCGUGGCGGGCCGUCUUUGUCUUUUGGGUUCGAGGCGUCAAACAAAAAGGGCCGUAUCAGCGCCAUUCCCCCUCCUCACUUCUAGCUUUCCUUGAAGGUUACAUGUUUUUGUUUCUCUUGACAGCCUCUUUGCUUCCGGAAGCAAAGUCAUCAUCAGCAGCAGCAGCAUUUCUAUUCUGUGGGAAUUAAAUCAAAAUGAAAUCACUUACAGCCUUGUCGUGUGUGGCCCUGGCCAAUGCCUUUAUCCUGCCUGACCCGCGCAUCUUCGAGCAAGCGGCGAUCAAGAAUAACGAUCGCCCCGACCAGGCUUCAUGGUGGGACCACGUCCCCUCCAAGGAUUCCAUCGUGAACACCGUCGAGGACGGCAUCGACUCCCUGUCCGCCCACAUCGAGAGCGCCCUGCACUCCCUCGAGGACACGGUCGAGAACAAGUUCGAUCACCUCUUGGAGGAGGAGGUCUUCAACGAGCCCCGCCCUUCCAGCAAGACCAUCUACGAGCUCAUCUCCGAGAGCGAGCACACCACCGAGUUCGCCAAGCUGGUCGAAGGCUACGAGGACAUCGUCAAGGUCCUCAAGAGCACCGAGGCCAACCACACCCUCUUCGUGCCCACCAACAGCGCCUUUGAGCACAUCCCCAAGCACAAGAAGCCCGGCAAGGAGGUCAUCGAGGCCAUCCUGAAGUACCAUGUCGGCGUCGGCGAAUACGACGCCAAGCGGGUGCUGCGCACCCACACCCUGCCCACCCUGCUGAACGAGCCCUUCCUCGGCGACAAACCCCAGCGCCUUCGCACGAGCGUCGGUCUCGGAGGCGUCCGUAUCAACUUUUACGCCAAGGUUGUUGCCGUCAACAUUCGCGCCAAGAACGGCGUCAUCCACGCCGUCAACAGCUUGAUCAUCCCGCCCCCGAUGGUCGGCCGCGAGCUCACCCUCCUCCCCAGCCAGUUCUCCACGCUGCUGCUCGCCUACGAGAAGACCGACUUCGUCAAGUUUAUCCACGGCGUCAAGUCCACCGGCACCACCGUCUUCGCCCCCUCCAACAACGCCUUCGCCCGCCUCGGCCCCAAGGCCAACGCCUUCCUCUUCAACACCGACAUCGGCCUCAAGUACCUCAAGGCCCUGCUCAAGUACCAGAUCGUCGCCAACGCCACCCUCUACAGCGACGCCUUCUACCGCCCGGACGACAAGCGGGACGUCAAGGUCAUGGAGCACUACCACAUCGACUUGCCCACCCUGCUCGACGGCAAGAACAUCGCCGUUGACGUCGCCACCUGGGGCGGCUGGACUAAGGUCAAGUUGAAUGGCUACAUCCCCAUCGUCGUCGCCGACGGCGUUGCAAGGAACGGUGUCAUCCACGUCCCCGGCCGCGUCCCUAUCCCUCCCCACAAGCACAAGACCGACGAUGUUGACGGCGAGAUCUCCGUCGAGGACCUGAAGGAGCGGCUGUCCGAGUACGUUGAUGACAAGAAGAAGGAUGCUGACUGGCUCGAUGGCGAGUUGUAAAGCAAAAAGUCUUCGGAUUGUCUGGCGUCUUCGGCCGGGUCGACGAGGCCCCUAUCCAGUUAUUGGAGUGAUACGAUAUAUAGGAUGCAAAGAAUAGGUGUAUGGUGCUGUUUACUCAGCCUGACAGGAACUAAAAGUUGUUGUGUACACUUGUCCUGAAUAAAUGGUUUUCCGGUUAUGCUUCUGUGGUCUCUUUAUUUACCUUUUGACGCGCCUGGUCCCAAGCUCAGUCUAGGCCCGCGACCGGCAAUAACCACCUGUGUUGUGCACCAAUGUAUCUUUUUUUGAACUUGAUUGUCAUA